AUGUCAUUGAUAUUCCGGGACUUUUCACCGCAUUUCGUAAGCAACAAGUGCGCUGUGGAAAUGUCAAUGCGAGCACUUCUAAACGAUGUGGAAACGCUAAAUCUGAGAACAUCAAAUGCGUUGAAUUCAUUGCUGGGGAAGUUCGAGUCGUUUUCGCAGAACCGUACUUCCCUAGAUCCUCGUGGUCCCGCGUUGGAGUGUAUUUCCGAUUUCGUUAUGGGCCACGCGUUUGGCAAUACAAUCUCACGGUGCUUCUUUCACGAGGCGCGCGCAGUCUUAAAGGAAUCGCUGUCAUUCAUCGACAUCGCAUUUGUUGGCAGUUGUAUGGAUUAUGUUGGAUUUAUGCGCUCCAUCAACAAAAAUCAAAUCGACAAAACAGUAACUGACGUAACUAGACUUAGAGAAUUCGUCACCAAAGUGUACAACGUCCACAAGUCUUCCAUGCUACAAACAAGCGACUAUCGGACAAGUUUAGCGCUGCGCUUGCGGCAAUUGAAGGACACCAUUCCAGAAAAACAGUAUUCCUUCGCCGGGUUAACUACAGGUGACGGUUUGGAGCUUGAUGAGGAAAUGAUUGUUUCGUUAUUGACCGAUAUAACAUUUAGUGCUUACGAGAAAAUCUCCACCGCAUUGCUUUGGUGCAUAGCCCGUCUUGCCGAGAGUCUUCCUCUCCAGAUGGAGCUACAAGACAAUUUGGACCAGCUCGGCCAGGAAAAACUGUCACUUAACGACAAACCGAGAUACCCUCUUCUUGAUGCUUUCAUUUCGGAAACUUUACGUACUAGCUGUAUUAUGCCAUUCGGGCUACCGCGGAGAACGGUUAGGGAAACUACAAUCUGUGGAAUAAACAUUCCGAAAGACACCACUGUGCUAUUGAACCUAUGGUCUUGUGCCUAUGACCCAAAAGUCUACAAAAAUCCAGAGUUAUUCAACCCAAAACGCUUUCUCACUGAGGACGUCAAUGGAAAAACACAGAUUAGAUGUCCUUCAUUCCCCGCCUUCUCGGCCGGACACAGGCGAUGUUUAGGAGAUACGCUUUCAAGGAGUGUUCUGUUUUUUCUCGUUGGUGGAAUGUUGCAGAAUUAUUCGAUGGAACUUGAAGAUGAAAGUAUGAAAAGCAAUUUGGAAGGAAAAUACGCACUCACUCUACGACCAAAAAGAUACAAAAUUAAUUUGCAAAAGCGAAUAAAGAAUUUUGAUAAACGACAUUGA